UCCUCCCAUCCAAUAUAAUGGCUCAAACUAGAGCAAUUUUUAUGACUACUCUUCUGCAUUUGAGUCUCCCAAUCCUCAUCAUCUUCCUCCUUUUCCCUCACCAAAUCCAUACCCAACCCGCCGCCACUACCACCGCGCCAUCCCCCUCCUCGUCGACGGCAUGGCCAGUCGACAUCAUCGACAUUCUCAAAACGGGUAAGCAGUUCAACAUCUUCGCCAAGUUUCUCAACAGUGCCAACCACCUCGGCAAACAGAUCGACACCCAAAUCAUCACAUCCACCGACGGCGUCACCGUGCUGGCCGCCACCGACGGCGCGUUUUCCAGCCUCCCCUCCGGCACUCUCAACAAGCUCUCCGACCAGCAGAAAGUCCGCCUCAUCCAGUUCCACAUCCUCCCCAAGUUCUACUCCCUGGACGACCUCGAAACCGCCAGCAACCCCGUGGAGACCCUCGCCGGCGGGGAGUUCAUGCUCAACUUCACCGGGACUAACGGCCAAAUCAACGUCACUUCCGGGGUGGUGCAAACCCAGAUCUCCAAUAUCAUGCGGAAAAACUUCCCUUUGGCCGUUUACCAAAUCGAUAAGGUGUUGUUGCCGUUGGAAUUCACACCAAAAGCUCGCCCCUCCCUUGGGAAUAAAGGCAGGCCCAACAAAACGGCGGAGGCGGCGGCCGCUCCCAAGAAUUCAAAGGGAAUCUCUCCCGCCGAUGAACCCUCGCCGGCCGAGACUGAUGAGCCCAGUAGCGCCGGAAAGAUGAGCCAGCUUGGGCUGGGAUUGGCUCCGGCAGCCCUUGUGCUGUUCUGCAUGGGAGUAUUUUAAACAUCUUUUCAAUUUACAUACAGAUAUUAUAUAUAUAUAAAGCAUGCAUGCA